UAAAGACAUUAUUAACCGACAGCCAAACACCCCCAUUUGUCGUCCGCUCUACACCUCUUUCAAUUCGAUAUCCCCCCACCUCUGUCUCGAUCGGCAUCACAACUCGUUUACUAGAAAGAAGAAGAUGGAAACGGCAGGAGAAUGGUUAGAAAAGGCAUUACUAGAUAUUUGUAAGAAAACACAAGGUUUGGAUUUAGAUGAAGAUUUAAUAUCUGGGCUUGUUUCUUAUUGUGACUUUGCUCCACCCCUUGAUGCCAAAGAAUACCUUGAUAAUAUAGUUGGUGAGGAAGCCGGUGGACCUGUGAUCUAUGAAUAUUUGAGACGAAGAGGUUAUACAGACACUAUCACCACAUCUCGCGAUGGUCCUACUAACCAAUUACGCGAGUACGUCAAACCACCAGCAAAAGAGACUAUUAACAUGACUAGAAAAGCAGUAAAACCACCAAAAGAGAAUACUGUGACCACUUCCAAAAAUGUCCCAGCUCAGAUCACACAACCACAAAAUCAAGAAACAGGAUUCCAAAGUAAGUCAAAAAAGAAGAAAUCUGGUAAAGCGAUAUCUCUUGCAGAGGCUUCGAAAGGGUCUAUCAUAUUUCCUAAGGGACAACCGUGUUCAUGUGAAGCCCGCAGGCAUAGACUUGUGAGUAAUUGUUUGUCUUGUGGAAAGAUUGUGUGCGAACAGGAAGGAGAGGGACCUUGUAGUUUUUGUGGGGCCUUAGUGCUGAGAGAAGGCAGCACAUAUGCUGGACUAGAGGAAGAAGCGGGUCCUGUAUCUGAUGCCGAUGCCGCAGCCGAAGCUUAUGCAAAAAGGCUUGUUGAUUAUGACAGAAACUCUGCUGCACGUACAAUUGUGAUAGAUGAUCAAAGCGAUUACUAUGAGAUUGAAGGGAAUAGUUGGCUGUCAACGGAGGAAAAGGAACUUCUGGAGAAGAGAAAAGAGGAACUUGAGGAGGCUGAACGUGCUAACCGCAGCAAAGUUGUCAUAUCUUUUGAUUUAGUAGGGCGUAAGGUUCUUUUGAAUGGAGAUGAAGCCUCAGAACAAUUGGAAAAUAGUAUCUUGCUGAAACCUGCUAGUGAACGAGAAGUGAACCGCAUCAAGCCUAAUCCGACCCUUGAUAUAAAACCAAUUUUCAUCGACCCUGGCCCCAGCAAGAAAAAUGGCAAUGGGAAGGCGGAUCAUGUGAAAAAGGGAUUAUCCACUCGUAUGUGCUUGGAAAUUAGUGGUAGGGUGCAGCAUGACUCCAGUGAACUAAAACACCAUGACCAUUUGGAUAUCAGCAGCUUCUGAUAUGAGUUAUUUGGUGACCAACUGUAAAAAUAUUUUCCGGAUCUGAAUGAUUGUUUAGUUACGCAUACUAGAACAGAUAGAUUGUUCCGUAAUGCCAUGUUACAUUUUAUUCAUAAUUGGAUGUUGAUGUGUGCUUCUCAUGC